UCAACUAAAAACUCACCAAAUGUUCAACUCUUAGCUUAUUCUUAAAAUUGGUUCAGUUCAACAAGUUUUGUAGUAACUUUUAAUUUUUGCUUGUUGGUUAAAAAUUGUUUCAUUUCAAUUUGUGAUCACUGGUUUUUGUCUCUGGUUAACUUCAUUAAUUAAUUUGUCUAAACAAUAACUUACAUAUAACAAAAUGCGUGUGAUAAUCGUGUUAGUCUUUUUGUCUCUUAUUGUCUCUACCCUGGCUGAUGGUCAGAGGAACAGUAGAGGCCGUGCUCGUGGAAGAGGUCGAAAACAAAAGGGUAACUGCCAUUUAAAAGAAAUUGAUACUUGUAUUGGUAAACUGGAUAAAUAUUCAAACCGAAAUUCAUCCAAUUUAUUGACUUCAUCUCGUGGACUUGAUGAAAUUUGCACUAACUCUCUUGAUGUCGUCAAUUGUGUCCGCAACUACAUGACUAAAUGUGGAACUCCACUUCAACGUGAACUUUUUGAGUUUGGUAUUGAACAAUUCUCUAAAUCUAUUGACCAAUUUUGCAAACCAGGACCACUUCGUGAAGAAUUCUUAUCCAACUCACCUUGCAUUGUUAACAAAGUGAUAUCGAAAAAUAAUUACAGAGAAAAGUGUGUCAACAACUUCCUCUCAACCAUAGACAAAACCAACAAGCAAAAAGAGUUGGAUGAUAGACUGGACACUAUUUGUUGUUCCUACAAUCGUUGGGAGGGAUGUGCCUUCAGCUUGAUCAAGAAAGAGUGUGGAGAACAGGGUAAAACAUCAAUGCACAAUUUCAUUGACAAAGCAUUCGGAGGUUUAACCAAUAUGAUUUGUUCAUCUACUGCUUUUGAUCCAUCAUCUCAAAGAUGUACCUCAUUAUAUGCUGCACCAGGCGUUAAACCAAAGGGAAAAUUAAGUGAUAAUCCAGUUACUAAAUACAUUGCUUCGUACUUUGGAUUCCUUUUCACUUAAAUAAUUCACAACUGACCAAAUCCCACCUAAAAUUCACUUUUUAAAUAUUUUUUAAAUACUUUAACACCCUUCCUAUAUUAAGGGCACCUUCCUUCAAAGUGACUAAAUGACCCUUUCAUUGUUCAGUAAAACUCUUUUUUUUUACAAAGUGCAUUUUUUAAAUCACAAAAAAUACAAAUCUCGACUCGAGUCGAAAUAAACAACUAAUUUUUAGUUGCAAAUCCAAAA